AUGGUGACCCCUGAAAUUCAACACUCUGCCCUGAAUGCCAUAUUCAAGGGCGUCCAGCGAGACGAUCAAAAUGUACCCGUUCAUCAAUUCCGUGGUAUAAAAUAUGCCAGUGUGCCAGCACGGUUCGAAAAGGCCGAGCCUGUGCGUCGGUUUGAUGGAGCCGUUGUUGAUGCCUCAAAAUACGGUCCGAGAUGCCCUCAACCGGAUGUAGAUGUCCGCCACCUCCUCCGUAUUCCAGACGACUUCGUCAUUGCCCCAGAAGCAGAGGACGAAUUCGAAUGUCUGAAUCUAGAGAUUACAUGUCCCCCCAUGUCUCCCACAGCAGGCUCGCUUCCUGUUCUUGUCUGGAUACAUGGCGGCUCUCAGAUCGUCACAUUCUGUUCUGCUGCCUCUAAGAUUUGCGACCCGACCAAGAUUGUUGCAGAUUCUAUCAAGGCAGGCAAACCUAUCAUCUUUGUGUCGAUAAAUUACCGCCUUAAUAUCUUCAGUUUUGGAGAUGGUAAAGAAAAGAAUUUGGCUCUGAAAGACCAGAGUCUCGGUAUUGAGUGGGUGCGACAGAAUAUCGCUGGUUUCGGGGGUGAUCCGGAAAAUAUCACUUUGUCGGGUGAAAGUGCUGGCGCUAUCUAUACCCAUGCACAUCUUAUCACUGGUCCUCCUGUGAAAAGGGCCGUCAUGGCAUCUGGAACUCUCUAUCUAUCCUCGCCGCUACCAGUCGAAAAGGGCGAGGCCCUUAUUAAAGGAUUAGAGGCAAAGGUUCGGGAGCUUGGUCAAACUUCACUGCGCGAAUCCUCCGUUACUGUGCUGGUUCAAGCACUGAGAGAGUGCAAUGUGAAUACAAUGUGGAUACAGGAGGAGCCUGAACUGGCUGGUUGGGAAACCAAACCCGAGCAGGUUGAGGAAGUGAUGAUUGGCGAUGUUGAGUACGAGUCUGUUAUUUGGCGGAACGGCGUCGAGCUCCUCGACGGAGAGACUAUCUCGGCUUCAUUCGACAAUGAUAAGAAAUGGGGCGCCCAGCUUCGAAAAAUGUAUCAGGUUGUCGGUGAUCGCCCGACUGCUGCGAAGCUGGGAGCUCUCGAUCUUGUCAAUGAUAUUCGAUAUACUCUUCCCGUCGAGGUCAUCACCGACAAAUUACGCCUAGCCAACAAGCGUGUUUUCCGAUAUGUGAUAGACCAGUCCAAUCCUUGGCAACCUUCAAGUCGUGCACACCAUGCCGUUGAUCUACUAUUUCUCUUCGACGGCGUUGAUCUAUCGUUCAAUCCUGCAGCUAGCGCGGUUGGAAAGGAGAUGCGGGAGCGUUGGGUUCGGUUUGUCAAUGGUGAUGGACCUUGGUCUGCCAACUUGAGAUUUGCUUUUGGACCUCUGGGUGAGUGCAAGGAGAUUGAUGAGUCGCAGGUCGCUGCUCGUCGGAGACUUCAGCAUUGCAAGAUGCUUAAGGAGGCAGGAACUGGCGCAUAUAUGCCUAUUGUCUUUGCUUUGACUGCAGGGAGAAUUAGUCUGUUAAAUUAG